AUGUACCUUCCUCGAAUGUCAAUGACGGUUCAACAACUGUCCAAAGAGCAUCGUUUGGACUACCGCGAUGUGGUAAACAGAGUAAGCUCAAGUGCUGAGCGAGAUGUCCAUUGGGAACAUGCGGAGACUGGAUUCGGAAUGAAGCCCUGCCGUCUCUCAUUUGCGACUUCGCUCAGUUUGGUACGUCAAGAGGACGUGGAAGAAAUGGCCGACGGCACGCCGCUAGUCCGCUUCAUAGACCCUGCGGGAGGUUAUUGGAACUCCCGCUUGUAUUUCCUAGUGGAGUUUGAACAGCAAAUUGAUUCCCAUGUUUCGGUAUCCUUGUCAAUGUCGCAGUUGGCAGCCGUAAACGGGCCGAUGACACCGAGCUUGCAGCAGAGAGGGUUUACUCACAUGAGCUUAGAACAGGUCUCCACCCCGUCUGGACCUAAUACCUCUUCCUUCCAGGCCUUGAUCUGUUCUGAGGUCCAGAAAGACGCUAAAGCUCCCCAGAAACCCGGGAGCCCUCCAACAGCCGUUCGGUGGCCCUACCUGGGAGUGCCCGCGGGAGGCGGGGGCGGUCCGCGAACAAAAGGACCCCUUGUAGUCGGGGCCGCCAAAACGUUAGUCAAAGUCACGGUCUCGCCGCGAACGAUGGCGGUCCACACCAGAAGUCAUAUGCGGCGACAACGACUUCGAAACUGUCAGACAGAUCCACAGCAAGUGACGGCUUUCAUCAACGCCCAAUUCGAUUUGAUGGUUCUUUGUUCUGACUGUCUGGCAAGAUAUUGA